CCCCAGGGGCUGAGGGCUGCCCCUUGUCCCCCUCCCAGUUCUGUCCGCCUUUUCCUCCUUAAGGAGGAACCUCCUCCUCCAAGAGAUUGACCCUCUUUGGCAAUUGGAGCCGGAGGUCUGCACUGAGGGGGUCGCUCCCUCCCCUCGGCAGGGUCCCCCGGCUUCGGAGGCAGGAUGGAGGGUGUGCGCCCUGCGGGGUGACAGAGCUCUGGGAGAGCGGCCCCUGAGGACCCUGUCCCUGGGUCCGCGCACUGGCAGAGGCCCCGGAGGCCUAGAGUGGGGGUCCCUGCCUACGUGUCGGCCUAGGCAGGGCGGGCGGCGAGCGCCCGGGAGGCUGAGGGAAAUCUGCAGCAGCGAGACAUAUGACGUCCACACUGGCAGUUCCCUCCUGUGGGCAUGGCUCAGGUUGUGCACAGUUCCUGGCACACUGGCUGUAACUCCACCCCUUUCUUUCCCUCGAAGUAAAGCAAGAUUACGCGUGACAUGCCUCACAGCUGAUCAUGACACACUGGGACUGAGAGCAACAGUUCUGGAGAAUACAGGAAACCUGUGAGAUAGGUACUAUCAUCGCUUCAUUUUACAGGGCAAGGGACAUAGGAUGACCCCAGCCUGUCCCCUCUUACUGUCUGUGAUUCUGUCCCUGCGCCUGGCCGCUGCCUUCGACCCCGCCCCCAGUGCCUGCUCCGCCCUGGCCUCGGGUGUGCUCUACGGGGCGUUCUCGCUGCAGGACCUCUUUCCCACCAUCGCCUCGGGCUGCUCCUGGACCCUGGAGAACCCUGACCCCACGAAGUACUCCCUCUACCUGCGCUUCAACCGCCAAGAGCAGGUGUGCACACACUUUGCCCCCCGCCUGCUGCCCUUGGACCACUACCUGGUCAACUUUACCUGCCUGCGGCCUAGCCCGGAGGAGGCAGUGGCCCAGGCGGAGUCUGAGGUGGGGCGGCCGGAGGAGGAGGAGGAGGAGGAGGAGGAGGAGGAGGAGGAGGAGGAGGAGGAGGCGGCGGCAGCAGCGGGGUUGGAGCUGUGCAGUGGCUCGAGCCCCUUUACCUUUCUGCACUUCGACAAGAACUUCGUGCAGCUGUGCCUGUCCGCUGAGCCCUCUGAGGCCCCGCGCCUGCUGGCGCCCGCUGCUCUGGCCUUCCGCUUUGUGGAGGUCUUGCUCAUCAACAACAACAACUCCAGCCAGUUCACCUGUGGUGUGCUCUGCCGCUGGAGUGAGGAGUGUGGCCGCGUUGCUGGCAGGGCCUGUGGCUUUGCUCAGCCAAGCUGCAGCUGCCCCGGAGAGGCAGGGGCUGGCUCCGCCACCACCACAUCUCCAGGCCCUCCUGCUGCCCACACCCUGUCCAAUGCCCUGGUGCCCAGGGGCCCAGCCCCACCUGCUGAGGCUGAUUUGCACUCGGGGAGCAGCAAUGAUCUAUUCACAACCGAGAUGAGAUAUGGACUGAGCUGGCCUUUGCUGAGCCCCUGCUGCCACCUCCGUGUUCCAGGUGAGGAGCCGGAAGAGGAACCGAAGGUGAAAACCCAGUGGCCGAGGUCUGCAGAUGAGCCUGGGCUAUACAUGGCACAGACAGGCGACCCGGCGGCUGAGGAGUGGUCCCCGUGGAGCGUGUGUUCCCUGACGUGUGGGCAGGGUCUGCAGGUUCGGACCCGCUCCUGCGUGUCCUCCCCCUAUGGGACCCUGUGCAGCGGGCCCCUGCGGGAGACCCGGCCCUGCAACAAUUCAGCCACCUGCCCAGUGCACGGCGUGUGGGAGGAGUGGGGGUCCUGGAGCCUGUGCUCCCGCAGCUGCGGGCGGGGGUCCCGGAGCCGGAUGCGGACCUGCGUGCCCCCCCAGCACGGCGGCAAGGCCUGCGAGGGUCCUGAACUGCAGACUAAGCUCUGCAGUAUGGCUGCCUGCCCGGUGGAAGGCCAGUGGCUAGAAUGGGGUCCCUGGGGCCCAUGCUCCACGUCCUGUGCCAAUGGGACCCAGCAGCGCAGCCGGAAGUGCAGUGUGGCGGGCCCAGCUUGGGCUACAUGCACGGGUGCCCUGACUGACACCCGAGAGUGCAGCAACCUUGAGUGCCCAGCCACUGAUGGCAAGUGGGGGCCAUGGAAUGCAUGGAGCCUGUGCUCUAAGACGUGUGACACAGGCUGGCAGCGCCGCUUCCGCAUGUGCCAGGCCACGGGCACACAGGGCUACCCCUGUGAGGGCACCGGAGAGGAGGUGAAGCCUUGUAGUGAGAAGAGGUGUCCAGCCUUCCAUGAGAUGUGCAGGGAUGAGUACGUGAUGCUGAUGACAUGGAAGAAGGCGGCUGCUGGCGAGAUCAUCUACAACAAGUGUCCCCCGAAUGCCUCAGGGUCUGCCAGCCGCCGCUGUCUCCUCAGUGCCCAAGGCGUGGCGUACUGGGGGCUGCCCAGCUUUGCUCGCUGCAUCUCCCACGAGUAUCGAUACCUGUAUCUGUCCCUUAGGGAGCACCUGGCCAAGGGGCAGCGCAUGCUGGCGGGUGAGGGCAUGUCGCAGGUGGUACGAAGCCUGCAGGAGCUACUGGCCCGCCGCACCUACUAUAGCGGGGACCUGCUCUUCUCUGUGGACAUUCUGAGGAAUGUCACUGACACCUUUAAGAGGGCCACCUACGUGCCCUCGGCUGAUGAUGUGCAGCGCUUCUUCCAGGUGGUGAGCUUCAUGGUGGACGCGGAAAAUAAGGAGAAGUGGGACGAUGCUCAGCAGGUGUCCCCUGGCUCUGUGCACCUGCUCCGUGUCGUGGAGGACUUCAUUCACCUGGUGGGCGAUGCUCUCAAGGCCUUCCAGAGCUCUCUGAUUGUCACAGACAACCUGGUGAUCAGCAUUCAGCGAGAGCCUGUCUCAGCUGUGUCCAGCGACAUCACAUUCCCCAUGCGGGGCCGCCGGGGCAUGAAGGACUGGGUGCGGCACUCAGAGGACCGCCUCUUCCUGCCCAAGGAGGUGCUCAGCCUCUCCUCCCCAGGGAAGCCAGCCACAUCUGGGGCAGCAGGCAGCCCCGGCAGGGGGAGGGGCCCAGGAACGGUGCCCCCUGGCCCGGGCCACUCCCACCAGCGCCUCCUCCCAGCGGACCCUGAUGAGUCCUCCUACUUUGUGAUCGGUGCUGUGCUCUACCGCACCCUUGGCCUCAUCCUGCCACCCCCCAGGCCCCCACUGGCUGUCACAUCCCGGGUGAUGACAGUGACUGUGCGGCCCCCUACCCAGCCUCCAGCUGAGCCACUCAUCACAGUGGAGCUCUCCUACAUCAUCAAUGGCACCACGGAUCCCCAUUGUGCCAGCUGGGACUACUCCAGAGCAGAUGCCAGCUCAGGAGACUGGGACACUGAGAAUUGCCAGACCCUGGAGACCCAGGCAGCUCACACCCGCUGUCAGUGCCAGCACCUGUCCACUUUUGCUGUGCUAGCCCAGCCGCCCAAGGACUUGACCCUGGAGCUGGCGGGCUCCCCCUCGGUCCCGCUUGUGAUUGGCUGUGCAGUGUCCUGCAUGGCGCUGCUCACGCUGCUCGCCAUCUAUGCUGCCUUUUGGAGGUUCAUAAAAUCUGAACGCUCCAUCAUCUUGCUGAACUUCUGCCUGUCCAUCUUGGCAUCCAACAUCCUGAUCCUCGUGGGCCAGUCCCGUGUGCUGAGCAAGGGCGUGUGCACCAUGACGGCUGCCUUCCUGCACUUCUUCUUUCUCUCCUCCUUUUGCUGGGUGCUUACCGAGGCCUGGCAGUCCUACCUGGCUGUCAUUGGGCGGAUGCGCACCCGCCUCGUUCGCAAGCGCUUCCUCUGCCUAGGCUGGGGUCUGCCUGCCCUGGUGGUGGCCGUGUCUGUUGGCUUUACCCGAACCAAAGGAUACGGUACAUCCAGCUACUGCUGGCUCUCCCUGGAGGGCGGCCUGCUCUAUGCCUUUGUGGGCCCUGCAGCCGUCAUUGUCCUGGUGAACAUGCUCAUCGGAAUCAUCGUUUUCAACAAGCUCAUGGCACGUGAUGGCAUCUCCGACAAAUCCAAGAAGCAGAGGGCCGGGUCGGAGCGGUGCCCCUGGGCCAGCCUGCUCCUCCCCUGCUCAGCGUGUGGAGCGGUCCCCAGCCCCCUGCUCAGCUCAGCCUCGGCCAGGAACGCCAUGGCCUCACUCUGGAGCUCCUGCGUGGUGCUGCCCCUGCUGGCGCUCACCUGGAUGUCUGCCGUCCUGGCUAUGACAGACCGCCGUUCCGUCCUCUUCCAGGCCCUCUUUGCUGUCUUCAACUCUGCGCAGGGCUUUGUCAUCACUGCUGUGCACUGCUUCCUGCGCCGAGAGGUCCAGGAUGUGGUGAAGUGCCAGAUGGGCGUGUGCCGGGCUGAUGAGAGCGAAGACUCCCCUGACUCGUGUAAGAAUGGGCAGCUGCAGAUCCUGUCAGACUUUGAAAAGGAUGUGGAUCUGGCUUGUCAAACAGUUCUGUUCAAGGAGGUCAACACUUGCAACCCGUCCACCAUCACGGGCACACUAUCCCGCCUGUCCCUGGACGAGGAUGAGGAGCCCAAGUCCUGCCUCGUGGGCCCUGAGGGCAGCCUCAGCUUCUCACCAUUGCCUGGGAAUAUCCUGGUGCCCAUGGCAGCCUCACCAGGGCUGGGGGAGCCGCCGCCCCCUCAGGAGGCCAACCCUGUGUACAUGUGUGGGGAGGGCGGCCUACGGCAGCUGGACCUCACAUGGCUGCGGCCCACCGAACCGGGCUCUGAGGGGGACUACAUGGUGCUGCCCCGGCGGACUUUGAGCCUGCAGCCUGGCAGUGGGGGUGGAGGUGGUGAGGAUGCCCCCAGGGCCCGGCCCGAGGGGACCCCCCGGCGGGCUGCCAAGACAGUGGCCCACACUGAAGGCUACCCCAGCUUCCUGUCUGUGGACCACUCGGGCCUGGGGCUGGGCCCUGCCUAUGGGUCUCUCCAGAACCCCUAUGGAAUGACCUUCCAACCGCCACCAACGACACCUAGCGCCCGCCAAGUGCCCGAGCCAGGGGAGCGCAGCCGGACCAUGCCCCGCACCGUGCCUGGCUCUACCAUGAAGAUGGGCUCCCUGGAGCGAAAGAAACUACGGUAUUCAGACCUGGACUUUGAGAAGGUGAUGCACACCCGGAAACGGCAUUCGGAACUCUACCACGAGCUCAACCAGAAGUUCCACACUUUUGACCGCUACCGCAGCCAGUCCACGGCCAAGAGGGAGAAGCGGUGGAGUGUGUCCUCGGGUGGGGCGGCCGAGCGGAGCGUGUGCACCGAUAAGCCCAGCCCCGGGGAGCGCCCCAGCUUGUCCCAACAUCGGCGCCAUCAGAGCUGGAGCACCUUCAAAUCUAUGACACUGGGCUCGCUGCCCCCCAAGCCCCGAGAACGACUGACUUUGCACCGGGCGGCAGCCUGGGAGCCCACAGAACCACCGGAUGGUGACUUCCAGACAGAGGUGUGAGUGCCACGCUGGACUGCCCACUGCAUAUAAAUAUAUAUAUCUCUCUAUUUUCACACUCCACUUUGGAACUACCCAGGAGCCAGCGCCCUCUCCCCUCUCCCGAGGGCUGGGCAGGGAGGCGCCGUGGACUCAGCCAGGCUGGGGGAGCCGUACACGGCUUGGCCUGGGGGCCCAGGGCCCCUCAUUGUUUCUCAGAGGCCCCUCAGCCACUGGAACCCCAUCUUCAGCCCAGCCUGUCCGUUCCUGUCCCGGGCUGGGGAGGGGGGAGGGGGAACUUUGUUGGGAAUAAACUUCACUCUGUGGA